AUGGCUCCAAAGACUUUGCAGGAUAACAAAACCAUCAAGAUCCUCAAAGAUGCCGAGCGUGAAGGAUAUGGAGUUCUGGCAGCAAUAGUGUACAAUGUUGAACACAUCGUCGCAAUGGUACGCGCUGCAGAAAGGAAGCGAUCACCUCUAAUUCUUCAGGUGUUUCCAUGGGCCAUUACAGCGAGCGAUGGGUUGUUGAUCCGAGCAGCUGCCGAUGCUGCGAGUCGUGCCAGCGUUCCGGUUUCAGUCCAUUUAGACCAUGCGCAGGAUGAGACGCUCAUACGCCAGGCUGCAGACACUUUGCCUUUCGACUCAAUCAUGGUGGACAUGUCUCACUAUGAAAAGGCCGAGAAUCUGUCCAAGACUGAAGAACUUGUCCAGUACUGCCAUGAUAGAGGUAUCGCGACUGAAGCCGAGUCGGGCCGCAUCGAAGGCGGAGAAGAUGGCGUCGCAGAUACAGCAGAUCUGGAAAGCAUGUUGACGACACCAGAUGAGCUAUCUGAGUUCAUCGCGACCGGUGUUGACUUUCUUGCUCCCGCGAUUGGGAAUGUUCAUGGCGAAUACGGAAUCAGAGGUCCCCAGCUGGACUUCAAGCGAUUGAAAGAUAUCCGUGAAGUUGCGAAAGCGAAGGAUGUACGCGUCGUACUGCACGGAACAAACGGGUUCACCAAAGAUUUGAUACAUCGGUGUAUCGCUGCUGGAGUAUCCAAGAUCAACGUGAACAAGUUGAUACUCGAGGACUAUCAGACGCAUCUAGAGACCAAUGCAUCGAAGCUUUCGCUGACAAAAUUGCUGGAUGAAGGUAUGGCGGAGGUUCAGCGUGCCACCGAAGAACAGAUGGACAUCUGCAUGUCAUCCGGAAAGGCACCAUAG